AUGAGAUCUGAAAAGAUAUUAUUCUGCGGGUAUUUGAUACUUAUUUCUGUUGAAUGCGUGAUAGCUCAAUUCGUUUCGAAUGAAAGUAUAAAGCUCCAUGACAUCCUAAAACCAUCGGACACUCAUCGCUUAUUCGAUACACUGCAAUAUUCUGUAGAAGAACAAUAUUCAGAUUCCCACCUAUCGUUUGAUGUCUCCACGAUAUACAAUUACUCAGAAAAACCGAUUUCAAUUGGAAAAUUGAAUCGAAAAUAUAGAGAUAUACUAUAUGAAGGAGAUAUGGCAAUCAGUUACAAACAAUUGAGUAUAAUUGUGAACGGAUCAACUGAAUAUCGAAAAGCAGCAAAGCCACGACAGAGAGAAAAAAAUGAGAACGGUUCGGAUAGGGUCAAAAGACAAGCAUAUUUAGAUCAAAACUAUCCUGCAACGAUUUGGAAAAAUGGAGUUCCUUUCAUGUUCCAUGAGUCUCUUAACCCAAUUGCAAAAGCUGCCAUCCUAAAAGCAAUUCAUUUUUGGUAUCGAGAAACAUGCAUUGAGUUCCGUCCACGUACAUUCCAGAAAGAGGUAUAA